GAUGUCUCAGAGGGCGAAUCGACACCAGAGGAGGCCAUCACAAAGCGUGUUUGUGUUCCCUGACAACCUCUCAGCUCCUUUCUCUGACAAUGAUGGAGGAGAUAAGGUUGCUCCGCCAAGUCAGGUUCAGCUGCCACCUAAAGAAAACGGUGUGGUGCCAAUACCGCCACCAGCAAAGUCCUCGGAGUCGGAGGAAGUGGCCAAAGAUAUUGAUAAUGAGAGAGAAUUGGUUGCAGCCACCGAGAAAUAA